GUCGUUUUGCAGCAUCUCUGCCUGGGCAGUGAUAGGAACCUGGACUCUAAGUCCCACAGCUCCCACUAGAGUCUGCCGCACAGGCUCAGAGCCCAUAUGCGAGGAGGGGGUGACUACAUUGUGUCUAUUGUAUGGGGUUUUUGUUUUGGUUUGGUUUCGGUUUGGUUUUUUUUUUUUCCCCGGCAUUUUGCACGUUUCACGGGAGGUGUAAAUCGGGAGUAAAAAGCAUGGCAGAUGAGCAAGAAAUAAUGUGCAAACUCGAGAGCAUCAAGGAGAUCAGGAAUAAAACUUUGCAAAUGGAAAAAAUAAAGGCGCGACUGAAAGCAGAAUUUGAAGCCCUGGAGUCUGAGGAGAGGCACCUGAAAGAAUACAAACAGGAAAUGGACCUGCUGCUGCAAGAGAAGAUGGCCCACGUGGAGGAGCUGCGACUGAUCCACGCUGACAUUAAUGUGAUGGAGAACACUAUCAAGCAGUCUGAGAACGAUCUUAACAAGCUCUUGGAAUCUACUCGCCGGCUCCACGAGGAGUACAAGCCCCUAAAGGAGCACGUAGAUGCCCUGAGAAUGACUCUGGGGCUGCAGAGACUGCCAGACCUGUGUGAAGAGGAAGAGAAACUGUCCCUUGACUACUUUGAAAAACAGAAAGCAGAAUGGCAGACAGAACCACAGGAGCCUCCCAUCCCAGAGUCUCUGGCUGCAGCUGCAGCAGCUGCCCAACAGCUGCAAGUGGCCAGGAAGCAAGAUACCAGACAGACUGCAACUUUCAGACAGCAGCCACCUCCAAUGAAGGCAUGUUUGUCAUGUCACCAACAAAUCCAUCGGAAUGCACCCAUAUGUCCACUCUGCAAAGCAAAGAGCCGAUCUCGGAAUCCCAAAAAGCCCAAGAGGAAACAGGAUGAAUGAAACCCAGAAGAUUGACAAGCUGUGUGACCUGUCCCAGUACUCUUCCAGUAGAACGGCAAAUUUGCCCAGACUUUACUGAAUUGCAGACUCAAGUAUGACUGUCUAAUUGUUUUCUAUUUAAAUGCAAUGUAAGCACAAUGUUCCUGCUCUAAGCUCCUUCCAGUCUUUAGGAUUUGGUUUUAGGAAAGUAAAUAUUACUGGUGCUACAGUUUAACAUUUCAAUUGUUCCAUCUUCUGUACUCCUAAACAAACUGGAAUUCUUUGUGCAAGCAUCCUAAAUGUCAGGCAAUUUCUAUUGACCAUAUGUGAUUACCACUAAUGCUUUUAUGUUCUCUUUUUAAAAAACAGAUGUUACUAAAAGAUUAUUCUGUUUUCUCCUGAUAACAGGAGACUAUUCAAAGUGCUGAAAUAGCAGACUGUCUGUUUCACUGAAGAACAAUUUGUUUUCCAGUCUUGUAAGACUGGGUAGGUUUGGGUAUCCAGUGGAACUCCUUUUAAACUGGAAAUGUUCAGGGAAAACAAGAUUUGUUAUACAGAAAAUCAAUGCAUUAAGGACGCAUGGGUUUUCAUUUUUAUUUUCAUUUUAGAAGUUGAUUGUACUAUUCCAUCAAACUUGACUUAAAACUUGAAAAGGUACUGGCUGCAUAUGAAUUUCUAAAAAUGAUAUAAUUUUCCAUGCUUUAACAUCUUAUCAGGUUAUUAUUUUCAGCAGUCAAAAGACUGAUUGACUUAAGAACAAGGCUGAACUGAACUGUAUUAGUGGUUCUCCUAGGCUGUAUGCCUGACCAGCACACUGUGGUUCUCUAGGAAACAUGCAUGAUAUAUCCCAGAUCUCUAUGUGCACAGACUGCACAUCAGCCAUUCUGCAUGUCUUCUCUUCCUGGUUUCUACAGCCAAAAUCUGGCAGACAUAUCCUCCACUGGAGCAUAGGAAAGUUCAGGUAUAUGCAUGAGGAACAGUGUCAACUAAAAAUUAUGUAUUUCACCAGAACCAACGAGAUUUGGUGUCAUUGUCUUCCCUCAACCAAAACUCACUAAUUUUUUGUCUUUCAAUAGGUCAUUUUCAAAUAAGCUUCACUUCAAGCCAGUUUGUUUUCUUGUUCCCUGUGUGCCAAAAGAACCCUGACUAAAGCAUCUGGAGUAGAUCACUCCCUGAAUGUCUUUCCUUUGUUUCAUGUAAUGUAACAAAAGUUCUUGCAAUGGGCAAGAUGGCAGUGAUCCACUUACAGAACUGGCAGUUCAAAUUUACUUAUCUCUAAUCACAAUUUUGCGACCACCUUUGUUGCCUGAAUUGAUUUCAAGUGUUAAAUAUUCUUUUCACUUACUCAGAGAUGCAGUAACUGCUUGUUCACAUUCUUCUCUCUUUAGCCCAGGUUUCUCUCUACUAUUAUGUUAGAGUGGUUAUAUUGAGAAUUUGGCUUGUUUUAUAGGAAGAACAGGGAAGCCCCAAGUUUCUGCUCCAAGAACUUUGCCAAAUGCUGGCAACUGUAAUAAAUCCACAUGCUGCAGUUUUGUUCACCAAAUCACAUAUGUUGUCAUUAAUUUCCUAGGUCUGCCACAAAGUACGUGAAUAAUUUACUGAAUAUAGUCCUAAAACUGAAGCCGGGUUCAGGAGAUAUUCCCCCAUUUUAAUGUUACAUAGUAAAAUCAACAUCUGUCAGCAGCAGACUGAAUGUGAACUGCCUAACCCUGAAAUUAUAUGAAAAGCAGAUUCUCCUAGCUGAACUACAGGGAUUUGUUCUCUGAGAUAGCAAUAAUGGAAGAUACUCUGACUCCAUGCUCCAAAUGGCAAUAGUGCAUUUUGCAUGUUUUGUAGCACAAAUACUGGAUUCUACUGUUUUAAAUGUCACAGUGGUCAUAUGCUCUGUGCCCUGUUCAGAGCAAUUCCUAUGGAGUUGAAGGGAAAAUGCACAGAAUUAAAAGACAGCAUGUGGAAUUCCCCAAAGUGCAUAUAUGAGAGCAGCAUACUUUGAUGGUAGUUGUACAUAAAUUUAAGAAGUUGUGACAAUGGAGUGGGCGAAAGGUCUGCAAUGAAGUAAUGUGAAUAGAAGGAUUGAUUUUAGAGACUUGGACUUACAGUUCUGAAAUAGGUAGGGUUAGUCAUAGUUGUUCUCACUUCACUGUUACUUUGCCAGGUUCUUUCUUGGGAGAUCCCUGAACUGAAGUAUACUAAAGGAUGCACCAUUUACUAAUUUAGUACAACAGUUUUGUAUUUUUACUUUUUUAAACUAGUCUCAUGUGCUCUUGUGUUUUACAAGGUUAGAGGGUUUUUUUUUAAAAAAAAGGCGAAUAUGACAUACUGUGUUUGCAUCAAUUGUACUAGUAUUUACAAAUUUUCACUUUCUUUAUGAAGUUCUGCCAUAAGAAUAGCAUGGAUUGCUAAGAGUGAGUGUAACUGGAGGUAAGUCAGCAGGGUGCCCUGGCUGCCAAAAGGGCCAACCUCAACCUGGGGUACAUCAAGCACAGCAUUGCCAGCUGAUUGUCUCACUCUGCACUGCACUGGUGAGGCCUUAAACACUGGGGGCAGUUUGGGAUGCCUCAAUGCAAGAAUGACAUCAGACUAUCAGAGUGUUCUAGAGGAGGUGUGUGACCAAGAUUGCAGAAGGUCUGAAGGACAAGACCGCUGAGGAGCAGCUGAGGACACUUGGCUUGUUCAGUUUGGAGAAAAGAGGGCUGAGGGGUGCCCUCAUCACAGCUUACAACUUCCUCAAGGGGGAAGCAGAGGACGAGGUGCUGAUCACCCUCUGAUGACCAGCAACAGGAUAUGAGGAAAUAGAAUGAAGCUGCAUUGAGGGAAGUUCAAAUUGGACACCAGGAAAAGGUUCUUCUCUUCUCUUCUCUUCUCUUCUCUUCUCUUCUCUUCUCUUCUCUUCUCUUCUCUUCUCUUCUCUUCUCUUCUCUCUUCUCUUCUCUUCUCUUCUCUUCUCUUCUCUUCUCUUCUCUUCUCUUCUCUUCUCUUCUCUUCUCUUCUCUUCUCUUCUCUUCUCUUCUCUUCUCUUCUCUUCUCUU